AUGAAUUGGGUGGUGAGCUCGUUAGCAAUUGCUUGUCUCUGCCUGUUUUUGGUUGUACAAACAAACGGUCAUAGAUGCAGUGAAUAUGAGAAAAUGUUUGGAUGCAAGGUUUGUCACUAUCUUCGUGUGAAUGUUUUUUGGUUAAAGUGGUUUCAAAACCCAAGGUUAAUUUUCUGUUUAGUUCCUGGCGAUUAUUAUUUCUUAACCUAGAACACUGACUUUAUCGUAACAAUUAAGGGUCCCCCGUCGCUAGUUAGAUUGUCCUAUUGCGCACGUCACAACUGUAAAAACACGUUUUAGCAAACUUAGCCCAAGAGCGUCCACUCAAUUACUUAUAACAAUGUUGAGGAGAACUUAAGGUCAUUCCAGUCUUCAAAUGGCCACAGUGACCUGAUUGAAAAUGCUUCGGGCUCAUUUGUACCGAGGUCGGUAAGUCGUGUAAUGAGACGUUUUAGAAAAUCAAAUCGAAAUAACCGUUUUAAAAUAAAUAUUUACCGUUAUAAUUUUCAGGACUCAAGGACCAUCCCCGUAAAAAGUUAUGAAUGCACUGAAUAUGAGAAACUCUUUGGAUGCAAGGUUUGUCACUAUCUUCUUAUGCAAGUUUUUUUGCUUUAACGUGGUUUCAAAACCAAAGUUAACUUACUUUUUAGUUCCUGGCGAUUUUUAUUUCCUACUGAUUUACAUUUACUUUACAGUAAUACGUUAAAAGGUCCUAUUGAAUUGUUCACAAUUGUUAAGCUUUAACAAACUUAGCCCAAGAACGUCAAUUACUUAAAAGUGUUGAGAACACCGAAAAACAAGUGAAGACUAAGUCAUUUCAAUCUUCAUGUGGCUACUGUUGACCUAAUAAAAAAAUGGCCGGCUAAGUUGUACAUGGCCGAGUAUGAGUCUUGUAUUAAGACGUAUAAACUUUUAUAAUCUUCAGGACUCUAAACGCGAAAACCUUAAAAGGCAUCUCCGAGUCUCAGAAAGAAUUCCAGAAGCUCAUCGCUCUCCAGUUCCGCUUCCUGAUGAAGGAUGGAACUUAAAGAUGGAAAGCGGCUUCAAGCACAGGAAAAGAGCAUUACUGAACUACAAAUACCAAGAUCAAAAGCAGGAACACUGA